AUGAGCGACGACAGGAGAGGAAACGGCGGUUACAACAACCGCAAGAGACGCUACAACAGAGACGACGAUGAGGGUGGCUACGAUCGCAGGCCCCAACGCAGAAGAUACGAAGAUGCGCCUCCUGGAACACGCCUGCGCCGUCAGCUUCUCGCCGUGGCUGAAUCGCCCAUGCGCAACCCCGAAGACGAGGUGACGGAGAUAGCAAAGCUGGUCACCGAAAACUACCACGACAACUACGUCAAGGAGACGUACUGCGAUCUGGUCCUUUCUCUGGUUCUCGAGCAGCCAUUCAAGAUUCCCUUUGUCGCAGCUUCCGUCCUGUGCGCAAACAACGACAAGAGCGAGGCAGGCGCUGAGGUUUUGGCCCGCACUGCCAUCCUCCUGCAGAGACACCUCGACGCCGGAGAAUGGCGCAACGUCAAGCUGUUGCUGCGCUUCCUGGCCUGUCUACAACCUCUGUUCAGCGAUGAUGGAGUUUUUGGCAUUCUGGAUGAGCUCUUCGAUCGCGCUGUUGACCUCCAGACUGCCUCUACCGACGAUGCUGUUGGCCUCGAACUGGUCAAGGUCAUUCUCUUCACCAUCCCCUACGUACUGGCCGCACCCGACACUGGACUAGAACAACGCGCCGCUGAGUUAUUGGAGAAGACGGACAUUGUUGCAUCCACACCACACGCCCUCGAGGCCCUCGUUGAUCCCUACCCGGCGGCCGAGGGAGAGCAGAAGCCCAUGGCCUGCCCCAGCAUCCUUAGUGCUCUCCAGACUCAACUUCAGGCUGAGGCUGCUUCGGGUUGGAAGCUCGCCUGUAUCCCCCGCCUGACUCGCGCCACCGCCCCGGCUCCUGCUGAGGGAGAGAAUGGCGAGCAGGCUGCUCCCAGCAAGCACUCGUUCCCCCAAUUCUCUGUGCCUUCCCCUGUCAACCCCGGUCCCAAUGCCCUCUUCCCCGAGGUCUGCUUCUCGCUUUUCGCCGACCAAGACGUAGAGUCUGUCCCUCCCACCUCCAACAUUGCUGCAUCGCUGCUACGAGACGCUGUCACGGAUACUAUCAACAUCCUCGACUUCAACCGAAACGCUGCUGCAAAGUUCCUGAUCGAUGUCGACUGUUACUGGGCCCCUAACACUUUCGUCAAGCGCGCCACCGCUUUUGACAAGCUCAAGGAUGUUCCCGAAGGCCGUUCGACCUGGAAGCCCGAAGAUUUGGUUGUCGAUGCUGUCUUCUCUCAGAUCCUGCGCCUGCCUACCUCGGAACACAAGCUCGUCUACUACCACUCGGUCAUCACCGAGGCAUGCAAGAUCGCUCCCGCCGCCGUUGCGCCAAGUUUGGGUAGAGCUAUCCGUUUCCUCUUCCGCAGUCUCGAUGUCAUGGAUCUCGAGCUCUCAUACCGUUACAUGGACUGGUUCGCCCACCACUUGAGCAAUUUCGAGUUCCGCUGGAAGUGGGCUGAAUGGAUUGAUGACCUUGAGCGUUCCGAUCUCGAACCCAGAAAGGCUUUCAUCGUCGGCUCGCUAGACAAGGAAAUUCGUUUGUCCUUUGCUAAGCGUAUCAGAGAGACGCUUCCUGAGGCCUAUGCCCCUCUCAUCUCCGAGGGCAAGAUGAAGGACACUCCCGACUUCAAGUAUCUGAAUGAGCAGACUCCGUACGCCCAACAAGGUAACGCCAUGCACGCAUUGAUCCGCAGAAAGGCUCCCGAAGAAGAGAUUGAGGCAGUCAUCAAUGAGAUCCAGGCAUUAGCCAGCGAACACGGCGUCGAGGAUGUCCUUGUACCAAGCACGGAUGCAUACAUGACCAGCAUCUGCUCCGUCGGUAGCAAGUCGCUCUCCCACGUCCUGUCCUGCAUCGAAAGAUGCAAGGAGCGCCUCCUCGCCAUCGGCCCUGAAUCCGAGCUCGCCCGUCGCCAAAUCAUCACAUCCGUCAUCGACUACUGGGCCGACCACCCCGGCACCGCCGUAAACAUCAUCGACAAACUCCUCAACUACACCAUCAUCACACCCAUGAGCGUCAUUGAAUGGGCCCUGCACGACCACCUCCAGCACGGCCGCGCCCUCGCCCAAACCCACAUCUACGAAAUGAUUUCCGCUACCAUGUUCAAGGUCAGCAACCGCAUGCGCCAGAUCGUGCGCGCCCGCGACGAAACAGAUCUUUCCGAGGAGCAGAAGAAUUUGCUGGAUGAGACGCUUGUCCGCGAGCGCCAAACCAUGCGUGAUUUGUUCAAUGCCAUCAUUGAGGCUGUGGAGACUGUGGCCAAUGCAGCUCAAGACGAUAUGAUUGAGCGCUUCGACGGCGAUAGUGCUGAGCAGACUUUGUUGCAGCAGUGGGGUGCUCGCUGGGCUCGUGUGUGGAGACGCAAGAUGGCUGUCGAAGAAGCUGUAGUUGGCGAAGCGGCUAUCGAAGUCGCUGAUAUUGCUAGAGAAGCUGAGAGAGUCAAGGCGGAGGCCCAGGCUGCCGAGGCUGCUGAAGCUGCUGCUAUUGCUGCUGCCGAGCAACCUGCUGAUGCCAACAUGGAUCAAGAGGAUCAUGAUGUUGCAUAG